AUGAAGGCCCUCUCAAUUCUAGGAUUGGCAUCUUUGCCAUCCGCUCUGGCAUUGAACAUCCCAGCACAACAGUUCCUCGUCCCUGCAGAAUCGGUCCGGAAUCCAGCCUUCAAGCCCUCGGAGAGAGAGACUUGCCCUCAGGCACAGAGAGUCGUUGCUCCGAAUGACGGUCUUCACUCUUCAUUGACCUUCCUCGAAGAUGAAGCAUUCCGAUCUCGUCAAGCACACCGACUUUCGCGGGCCGUGCAGGUCCCAACGACCGUGGGUGAUUUCGCCGAUGACCCAUAUGACGAGGCGUUUGAGCCGUUUGUAGAGUUCCAAGAGCUAUUGACCGAGCUCUUUCCUCUAGUGCACUCCCGAGCUCAACUCGAACAUAUCAACCGUCUCGGUUUACUCUACACUUUCCAAGGCAUAGACACUACUCGCAAACCCAUCCUAUUCAUGGCACACCAAGAUGUAGUCCCAAUCGACGAUGCCUCCGACUGGACCUACCCACCCUUCGACGGAGUGAUCGACGGCGAAUGGAUCUGGGGCCGCGGCUCAAGCGACUGCAAGAACGUGUUGAUCGGUCUACUAUCCACACUCGAAGACCUCCUCUCCCAGAACUGGCGUCCCCAGCGAACAAUCGUGUUAGCCUUUGGGUAUGAUGAGGAAUCUCACGGGUGGCUCGGUGCCGGAUCUAUCGCACCAGCACUAGAGGAGAAGUACGGAAAGGAUAGCUUCGAGUUCAUUCUCGAUGAGGGUGGUAUGGGUCUUCAGAGUCUAGGAUCCUCGGCUGAUGCAGGUGAAGUUCUUUAUGCGUUGCCAGGUGUUGGCGAGAAGGGUAGUCUGGAUUUGGUACUGGAACUUGCGGUGCCAGGUGGACAUAGUUCUAUUCCACCUGCGCAUACUGGUAUUGGGAUUAUGGCCGAGAUUCUGUAUGAGCUUGAGCGUCAGGAAUUAUUCACUGCUUGGUUAGAUGAGUCGCAUCCCUCUUUCGGGACGCUGGAGUGUCAGGCUCGGUACUCGCCGGAUCAUGUUGAGUCUUGGCUUGCUAGUAAGCUUGAAGCUGGUGAUGCUGAGGCUUUGGCAGAGGCAGUGGCUCAGUCGCGUGGAGCGGCGGUGCGAUAUACGCUGCAGACGUCUCAGGCUGCGGAUUUGAUUCAGGGAGGUGUUAAGACUAAUGCACUUCCUGAGAAGAUCUCUGCUGUUGUGAACUAUCGGGUCGCACUGCACCAGACACCUGAUCUUGUUCGUCAGCGUGCGGUCCGCAUUAUCGAUCCUAUUGCAGAGCGCCAUAAUGUUUCGAUGUCCGUUGAUUUCCCUGGUGUGGUCCUCGCUGGUACCAGGAAGAUAUCAGGCGAUCGCACUCUUCGUCUUUCGCCCCUUAGUGAUCCUCUUGUCCCGGCGCCUAUCUCCCCUACUGAUCCAUUGACGUCAAAGGUCUGGGCUCGAUUCUCUGGUGUUGCGCGCAGUGUCUUUGAGUCGCACCCCAACCCUCUCACCAAGUCCGACGCCACCUCCGAUGCUACCCCGACUGUUGUUGUGACUGGCGAUAUCAUGACCGGAAACACCGAUACCCGCUUCUACUGGUCUCUGUCGGAUAACAUUUACCGUUGGAGCCCAUCUCGUGCGGGUGGAGCAGCUAACAUCCAUACUGUUGACGAGCGGGUCAACUUGAAUGUUCAUUUGGAGGGAAUGAUGCUGUACUAUGAUCUGAUCCGUUCUUUUGAUGGUUGGGAUGAGAGCUCCGAGUAA